AUGGUUAGGAUCGAAGAGGGAUUCUACGACAAUCAAUGUUUUGCUCUCCCAUCUCUCUUUAUCGAAUUUUACUUUCUACAUCGUGAACCCGGCUUUGUUGCCCGCGAUUUGUGUGGUAGUAGAAUUUACAGUUUUUCGACCACUCAAAUUUCCGAGAUCGUAUAUCGCGAUGCACCAAAAGAUCUGAAUGUUUCCCCACUCCAUUAUCCAUGGUUGAACGGAAAACCAGCGGAUCUUGAUGACAUACACUUCAAUGAGACGUGGACAUGGUCUUGCAUGUUUCGAGCUGUGUUUCUUAGGACUGGCCAAGGAGUUAUAUUCCAUCUCUCUGGUGUUGGCGAGCUUCGACCGACUCAUCAAAUAACUGUGGAAUCACCUAAGCGAUAG